GAAAUCAUUUGAAUGCUCUUACAUGUUAUUACCACGGGAUUCAAAACGUAAUUUACCAUAUAAAAUUGCACAUAUACCAUCUUUCCCAUAAGCCCUUCAAGUUCUAACAACCGUCAGACGAACCGAAGAGCUUUUCGUGGUUCCGACACGAUACUAACGCCGGCAGGAGACGUCGUCGACCUUCCACAUUCCAGUUCACUGUAAGUAAUCGAGAAUUUGUUGAAGUUUUGAUUUCAUUGUUCAUGACAGUAUGAAUAUGGCUCUGUCAUCAUCUUUCUCCCGUGCCAUUAAUGCUGAGAUUGAAGAGAUUGGAUGGGAACAUUUGGUGAGGUUGGCAGAAGAUCUAUCAUUUGUCACAUUUCGUGUUGUUGACAAGAAGGAAAGAGUUCACAUGCUAGAGAUUUUACUGGAUAAAUCUUACCCGAACUGUGCGCCGUCAGUUUCAGCUGAUGUUCCUUACUUAUUCGACUUGGUAUGGUCACGGAGUUCAAGACUUAACGAUGUCGUGAAGCAAUUUAAACAGCAUCUGGAGAAGCUUCAACAAUUUUGGUCAGCUGUGGAAGAUAUCGACCAAUCUCUUUUGGUUUCUGACUCAGCACAGUUGCAUCGCGCAACAUCAUUCCGGCAUAUAAAUAUUGGAAAUGAUUGCUCAAUAAUAUUAAAUAUACGUGUAAACGACCCAAGAUCUUUACCAGAGUGUCGUUUUUUGGGGUUGGACGAAAAUGUGAACUUGCUAAGGGAUAAAUGGCGUAGGAAUUGCAAUAAAUGGUCGAAAGACAAACUAUUUGCCGAAAAUCUAGCAACUUUGUUGGAGUUUCAACUUCCAGGACCUCCAGGCGUUGAGAAAAAUGAUCAGCAAAUUGAUUGCGGGAUAUGCUAUUCGCAAUUCCUUCCAGUAGAUGAUGAACUUGGGCCUAAAAGUGGAAGCAAAACAGAUUAUACAUGUGAAAAUACCACCUGCAGCAAAGCGUUUCAUAGCGUUUGCCUUGGGGAUUGGUUACGUUCCAUCACAACGACAAGACAGUCAUUCGAUGUUCUGUUUGGUAACUGUCCAUAUUGCUCUCAACCAGUUGCAGUCAAAAUUGGCGCAAGAAAAUAGAUAUUUUCUCGUUUAGAUUUCUCAUUCAAUAAAGAGUUUAUAAGUUAUAUAAAUUAACUCAAAUGUGAAUAACUGAAUAUUGUUAUGUUACUCAACCUUUUUAAGUUGAGAGGACCAAAAUAUGCAUAAAGUUAUAGGAA